AAAUCAGAUGCGGACCGAAUACUCGCGUACACCGGAAGUAGUAGGAAGCGCAGUGAGUCCCAUUGUCAACAGUAUUUUGUAUACGGGAGCAGUUUACUAAUGAAAAGAGCCUUUUAUCAUUAGUUAAACAACUUUGAAAAGAUUCGAUCAUUUGACCCAUUCUCACUGACAAUCAGAACAUAUAUAAAACGACAAAAUGAACGUGACUCUGGCUGUCAAGCAGUAUAUUUCCAAAAUGAUAGAGAGCAGCGGACCCGGGAUGAAGGUGCUGCUGAUGGACAAGGAGACGACCAGUAUUGUGAGUGUGGUCUACACUCAGUCUGAGAUCCUGCAGAAGGAGGUCUACCUUUUUGAGCGCAUUGACUCACAAAACCGAGACAAUAUGAAGCACCUUAAAGCCAUCUGCUUUCUCCGGCCAACCAAGGAGAACGUAGAGCACCUGAUUCAAGAGCUUCGUCGGCCCAAGUAUAGUGUCUAUUUCAUCUAUUUCAGUAAUGUGAUCAGUAAGAGUGAGAUAAAGGCUUUGGCUGAGGCAGAUGAACAGGAAGUAGUUGCAGAAGUGCAGGAGUUCUAUGGAGAUUUCAUUGCUGUGAACCCUCAUCUUUUCUCCCUCAACCUUCAAGGAGUGUCCAGGGGUCGCAGUUGGGAGCCCAGUGUACUGCCUCGUGUCACUCAGGGUUUGACAUCAGUGCUGCUGUCCCUGAAGAAAUGCCCCAUGAUCCGCUACCAGCUCUCUUCUGACAUGUCCAAAAGGCUGGCAGAGAGUGUCAAACAAAUCAUUACUAAGGAGUAUGAACUGUUUGACUUCAGAAAAACAGAAGUACCUCCUCUUCUCCUGAUUUUAGACAGAAGCGAUGAUGCCAUUACUCCCCUUCUCAACCAGUGGACGUAUCAGGCUAUGGUUCAUGAGCUACUGGGCCUCAAUAACAACCGCAUAGACCUGUCGAGAGUGCCUGGAAUCAGUAAGGACCUACGGGAGGUGGUCUUGUCUGCAGAAAAUGAUGAGUUUUAUGCAAAUAACUUGUACCUGAAUUUUGGUGAGAUUGGAACAAACAUCAAGAACCUGAUGGAGGAUUUUCAGAAGAAAAAGCCCAAGGACCAACAGAAGUUAGAGUCCAUAUCUGACAUGAAGGCAUUUGUGGAUAACUACCCCCAGUUUAAGAAAAUGUCUGGCACGGUCUCAAAACACGUGACCGUGGUUGGGGAGCUGUCCCGCCUGGUCAGUGAAAGACAGCUGAUGGAGGUGUCAGAGGUGGAGCAGGAGUUGGCCUGCCAGAAUGACCACUCCAACGCACAACAGAGCUUGAGGCGGCUACUGCAGAACCCUCGGCUUUCUGAAAUCGACGCUGUGCGGCUGGUGAUGCUGUAUGCUCUUCGCUACGAGAAACACAGCAGCAGUAUUCUGCCCAGCCUUAUGGAAGAGCUCAAUCGCAAAGGGGUGUCAGAGAGACACCGCAAGAUGGUGCAGGCCGUGGUGGAAUAUGGCGGAAAACGAGUCAGAGGAAGUGACCUCAUCGCUCCUACAGAUGCUGUGGCCAUUACCAAGCAGUUUUUCAAAGGACUCAAGGGAGUUGAAAAUGUGUACACACAGCAUCAGCCACUUCUACAUGACACGCUGGAUCAGCUGAUCAAGGGUCGUUUGAAGGACAGCCAGUUCCCCUACCUCGGGCCAAAUUCUCUGAGAGACAGACCUCAAGACAUUAUUGUCUUCAUAAUUGGCGGGGCCACUUACGAGGAGGCAUUAACUGUUUACAACCUGAACCGCACAAUGCCGGGGGUACGCAUCGUACUCGGGGGCACGGCCAUUCACAACACUAAGAGCUUCCUGGAGGAAGUGAUGCUCUCUGUGGGUUCAGGUGGAGACAGGACACAAGGAAGAGGCCGUCAGAUGAGUCGACGUUGAGCUGUUCUCAUCACUCAUAUUAAUGUGCGCUGUCUGUCCUCUGAACCCUGAGCUGAGCACAUUUGCCCUCUUUUUCUCUCUCCUAACAUUCCUUUGAAAUGUUUCAGUUUUAGGGAGGUAAAUGGUAAUACUGCACAGUAAUUCUUUAACAUUAAUGAACAAUGAACAACAAUUUGUACAGCAUUUAUUAAUAUAGGUUGCAUAUAAAUAAUAUAAUAAUAAAUAUACUACUGUUCAUAAAUGUUUGUUCAUAAGGACAAGCAACAAUCUGAAUUGUUAAAAAUGUGUUAGUAUAUGUGGAAAUGUGCAGAAAUAUGUAGUAAACAUUAGCCUAAAUUAAUAAAUAUUGUAAAAUUCUUGUUCAUUGUUAGUUCACGAGACUUAAUGUGCUAACCAAUACUAAUGUAAAUGAGUUGAAACGUAUUGUAAAGUAUUAUUUAUAUAUAAAAUAACACUUUACAAUACGUUUCAACUCAUUUACAUUAGUAUUAGUUAGCGUAUUAAGUCUUGCUUAUAUAUAUAUAUAUAUAAGCAAAGUGUUGAUAAUGGUAUGUGAAACACUGUAAAUGUGCAUAACUUUUAUUAUGUAAAUAAUACCCCAAAAGUGUUCACAAUGACAGCAUUUUUAUUUAUUGGCUUGGUGAUGCUGCAUUUGAUCAUUUUUGGAUAAUGACUACUGUAUGUUUCAGUAAAAUAGUAUAUACACACAAUAUAUAUAUAUAUAUAUAUAAUAUAUAUAUAUAUAUAUAUAUAUAUAAUGUGAAAUUUUGUGCCCAACAAAGCUGGAAAAAUUAUUAAUGUCUUUAAAUCGAGAAGAAGAGCUCAUCAGUUCACAAUUACUAUAAUAUUAAUGUCCAUCAAAGGCUUUUAACAAUUAAUAUGACCGUUCUUGGUAGACAAAAAGUUUCAAUCAGUGAGCUUUAAAGCCUUGUAUAAAACAUCUUCGUGUGUCCGUGCAUGUCUUUUUUUCGUAAGUCCUACUAAUUUAUCUUUGCCUUUGUACAUAGCUUGAUUAACCUGACAACAUAAUAAGUGACAAUAUUUUAUGAUGAUCUUCAAUAAAUGAAAGGAAAAAUGUUAAUCAAUUGAUUCAUCCAAUAAAUUCAGACCAACACA